UGUGGUCGGGCGCAUUCUCGCGUUCUCGCGCACACAGAGACUGUAUGUGCCAGUACAUCUAGUACACUCCCCCUCCCCGUCCUGCACGGGUGACACGGGGACUCAUGGAAAAAAAGCGCUGCCGAUACCGAGCUGCAUUAGAAUAGUCUGGCGCACUGUUACCGCCCAGCCCAGCGCAGAAGUGUUGUGUGCGCGAGAGUGCGCGUUGUAUAACUGCGUAAAACAGAACGAACGACGGGGUGGAGCGAUCUUCACUGUUUGAACACUACCCCGAACCCCCGAAAAGAGAGAUGAUCGACGUGAUCGAGUGUGUUUUGUCUGUGUCUGCAUCUCUGCAAACUGUCUGCAGCCUAGAAUUCUGAGCUCUGAGUUCGGUGCGCCAUACUGAGACCGAUUUGAUUGUGCAAAAGACCGUUCGUUCUAACGUGAAGCGUAUUAGUUAGUGGAGCUAUUUUUAGCAACAAAACGAUCCCCACAAACCAAACCCCACAGUCUGCCGCCACUCGCAAACAUCUGCAAACGUCGUGGUCGUAGUGACACAAACUGUGUUGCUGCUGUAGAUGCUGUCACUGCCAACCGUAGCAGUAGGCUGUGGAGCUUAAGAGUGUAUUCUCCUUGCACCAGUGAAGAAAAACGGCUCCCCGUGGUUGCCUGAGCGUGUCUGCUCGGCUCUUAUCAGUGUUCAACAGUGGUGUGUGUGUGGGCAACCCUCCUUCCCUCCCUCCCUCUCGGAUAGCGAGUGACGUGUGCUGUUGUGCAAUGGAAAAUCGGGACACACUAUAAUAGAGCUGUUUCUUCUGUUGGUUGGCGUUUGCAGAGAUUAGAAUUAGACGAAUCCAGCAGCUCAACAGUCUCUCAAAGCAGUAGCGGCGGCAUACACAUGGACAACCAGCCCGAUUUUCCACCAGCAUCGAAAUGCCCUCGAUGGUGCGACGCACCAGAGGCAAACUAGCAGCGCAACGGCAACUGGCCAGCAGCACUACUACUACCGCUGCUGCUGAACGACGCGUCAAACGCGAACCACAGACCAAACUUAUCGAUGCUGCUGCUGCUGCUGCUGCUGCUGAUAGCCUUGGUUCCGAUAACGCACCACACCACCAUCACGGCGAGCUGAAACGGCUGCCACAGUGUAAGGUGAAGCGCAACUACGCGUGUGGCAGCUGCAGCUACUUUACGCAAAACCCCCGCAGCUAUCUGACGCAUCUACGCGACACCCACGGGGAGAAGAUUAGUGUGUACGAGUGCAAACGAUGUGUGUACGCCUCGCGCCACUACCAGAAGCUGGUACGCCACUUGCGAAUGGUGCACGGCGGUGCGGACGUACCGGUGGUGGAGUCGGGCAAUAAAGGUGUGACACCGGUGGACAAUAGUGAAGAGCGACGGGAGGCGAUUGAAAAGGACAGUUCCGAGAAGGAUUCAGCGAGCAAAGUUUUGGAUGCGCUGGGUGUGGGUGGUGCGUAUACGCAGCAACUUGUUGCAUCUCUGCUGCCAUCGCUGUUGCUGAGGAACGUCGAGCAAACGUGGACUUCGUCUCUUUUGGCACUCAAGGCCCCAAUCAAGUCCGAGAUGGAUGGCAUGCAGAGUGUUGUGACAUCACCGGAACGGGACUCAUCUUCCCACAAAACCGGCCGCAAAUCCUCCGAAGACAAUGAAACGGUGCCGAAAAAGCGCUCCAGACCAAUCCCCAACCUAAUUCCCCUAGCACCCGCCAAGCCGGAAAAGGAGCUGCUAAAGCCGGUACCGAUGUCGGUGCUAAUGCCACCGGAGGUGGGAGUGGGGCACAGCCACCCACCAUCCCCAAUGAGCUUACCGUCGUCGCCCCAGACCAAGUGCACAUUCUGCGAGCUUAGCUUCGAGUCCACGCUGGAUCUAGCGAACCACAUUGCAGCGUCCCACAAGGAGGACCUCAUCACCUCGCUGCUGCAGAAAUCGAUGGACGAAUCGAACCAGAAUCUUUUCCCCCAGACGGGCGACCCCGGCGACAGUGCCUCGAACGAGAUGUGGAGAAGUUUGCUCGAAGCGAACCUGUUCGGUGCGGAUUCGGCCACACCAGCAGCACGCCCGGACGCUUCAACCUCCGCCAGCUCCAAGGUGGACGACGAUGAGGUAGAAAUCCUGGAGAGCAAAUCGGAAACGUACUGCGGUAUCGAGACGGCGCCCGGGUACGGCGAGGUGACGAGCAAACUGGCCUCCAACGAUCCGAACGCGACCGGGCUGAUGAAGCGGGUGUUCAAGUGUCCGCACUGCUCGUUCUGGGCGUCGACGGCGUCCCGGUUUCACGUGCACAUCGUGGGCCACCUGAACAAGAAACCGUUCGAGUGUUCGCUCUGCUCGUAUCGCUCCAACUGGCGCUGGGACAUUACGAAGCACAUCCGGCUGAAGACGAUCCGUGACCCGAGCCACAAGAAUGCGGGCGUGCUGAUGAACGACGAAACGGGCCGCCGGAACUACACCAAGUACAACAAGUACAUCACGCUGAUGCACAUAACGGACAAUACUAGUGGUGGUGGAGGAGCAGGAGGUGUUAGUGCUACUACUGCUGUUGCCGGUGGUAGUGGCAGUGCGAAGGAGUCGACCAACUUCCCGAACAAAUCGUUCAACGAGAGCAGCAUGUCGGAUCUGGUGGCGGCGUGCAGUGCGUUCAACAUAGAUUUGAAUGCGUUGGCCAACAUGCCCGGGUUCAGCUUGCUGCUUGACGAUAAGCCAGCGCACGAUGAGACGUCGGCAAAAGUGGACGAAGGCGACCAUUUUAAAUGUCAAUUUUGUGAGUUUAGUACACCGACCAAGGAGGAGCUGUUGCUGCAUACGACAAACAGUCAUGCUGGCAUGGUGGCGGCCACCUCUCCCUUUCAACUGCAGCUGGAUGAAGCAAUGGAGCAGGAAGCGUACGGGAAGGCCGGCGGCGGUGGUGGCAACAGUACGGCAAACAAUAACAUUACAUCACCCUCCUCCAGUAGUACGCCGACGCCACCGACGGGUUCGGCGGCCCACUGUAGCCUUAGUAAAAGUGCAGCUAACACUAGCAACAACGAUAUGCCUAGUACUACUACUAAUGGAACACCCCUACUACCACUACUACUAACGCCUGGCGGUGCUGGAGAUAAAACGAACCAUCUCCCGCCGCCGCCGCCGCCGGAACUGGGCGCCGGAGAGGGUGGUGACGGUAGCUCACACACACGCGGGCUGGCGGUGCCUUCCACCGGUACCUGGCGCCACAGUGCACCGUAUCGCUGUGGCCAUUGCCAUCAGGUUUCUAACUGGAAACAUGUGAUUCAGAGACACUGUCGCCUGAAGCACAAUGGACACGUUUUCAUUGAGCACGUGAACGCGGAAAGGGACGACCCCGCGGCGCUCGUCGACGGUGCCGACGGUCAGCAGCUGCCACGGAAUAGCAAACAGAACCAACCACAUUCCGUGUACGUGAUCGAGGACGUGGUGCAUCCGCCGACCGUUUCCACUGGCAACGGCACCGGCACAUCGAUCGAUGCCCUCGUUAGCUCGUCCAUUCCACCGCCCCUGGCACCGUUCAGCCUGGACGAGGUAAACACGCUGGAGCCGAUCGUGGAAAUCCUCGACAAGGACCCGGCGGCCACGGAGCUGAUCCACUUCAACGGUGCCCUCAUGCCUUCGACCGUCCUGGUGGACAGUGGGACGGUGGCGCCGGCCGUCCCAAGCGAGCAACUGGAAUGCAUUUCCUGCCAGUUUCGGGCGGCAACGGUCGAGCAGCUGACCGAGCAUUUGGAGCAGCACAUGAGCAACAGCCCGGCGGCGGGGACGGGCACAGCGUUCGACACGGCCGGACUGCUCGACCCCGGACCCACCACCAUGUACUACUGUGCCCGCUGUCCGGCCCGCUUCCUGCAGCACGCUCACAUGCUGGAGCACGAGUCGAAGCACGGGGCGCCCGUGGGCCGUUCGUGCUCGUUCUGCACGUACCGCACCGCGGACGACGAUGAGCGCAGCCGGCACGAGGAGGUCCACUCGGCCGCGUACAACAUCAACACGGACAAUUUGCAAAUCUUUCUCGCGGAAAGCAAAGAGUACCCGAAGCCACCGCUCACGCUCAAGGAGACUGGUGGCAGGCAGCUGUUUUACGUCGAGCCGGUGGAAGCCCAUGACUCCCCGGAAGGUGAGGUCUCGGCGACGCGCAAGGUGCCGAGAAAAUCGAAGCAUCGCGUCCGUUCGCCCGACUCAGCAGCUACUGGGACCGAAACCGACCGACCACUGGCUUCUGGGGGCUCCUCCAUCUUUCUGUGCGAAUACUGUGAUCAAACGUUCGACGCGGAGGCCGACCUGAACGCGCACGUACGGAACCACUUUUCGUCGAUCCUGGCGCCGCAGGAGGUGCCCUACUACACGUCGCUCAGCAGCACGCUGGACAAGGAGCGCAAGUUGGAGCUGAUCGUGUCCGGGGCGGCACCCGGGUCGGCCGCGAUGGCCCUGCGCUACGUGUACGAUAAUGCGCGCCGCAAGGAUUGGAGCGUGUACUCCAAGACGGAAAGCGUUUUGUUGAAGUUUUGAGGACGCGGGAGAACUUUCGUUGGAUGUGGGGAUACAUGGAGGUGUAUAAGCUUUUUUUUGUUAGAUUAGUUGUUUAGUUGUUAGCGUUAGAUCAUUUCACGCUUUCACGUUCCAAGAACCAACCACCCCAAAGGUUUGUGUUGUUUUGCUAUUCAAUUCAAAGUGACCAUAGGUUAUGAAAUAGAAAGCGGAAAGCAUUAGCUUUUAGAGUGUACUGCGAUACUGUGCGAAAUAAAAUGUAAUCAAUUGUUAUGACA